UAUAGUAUAUAAAAAUGCAUUUAAUAAGAUGCUUACAUUGUCAUAGUGGUCAGUUCACAACAAUAGUAGUAUAGAGAAGAGUUUAUUAUUAGUAACUGCUAUAAGUAUAUAAAAAAAUGGUUUCGUUUAAUAAUUUUUAUUUCUGUCUAUUUUCAAUAUAUUACAUUAGUUUAAACAGUGAUGCGUACAGAAUACUUGUUAUUGCUCCUUUUAAUUCAAAAAGUCAUACUAAUUCGUUGGAAAGUGUCGCUAAAGCUUUAGCCUUAAAGGGUCAUCAAGUUGAUGUUAUUUCACAUUUUGAAUUGAAAAAUCCGCCAAAAAAUUAUACGACAAUUAUCAAUUUGCACGGUUCAUUGAAGGAAACAGUAAACACAUGGACACUGGAUAUGGUAGAACAUUUUCAGAAUGUUGAUACAGUUCGCAUAUUAGUUGAAGAAUUUGGAAAUAAUUUUUGUGAAUUAAUGGGACUGGAGAAAAUGCAGAGGUUCAUUAAAAAUCCACCAAAUGAUCCUCCAUACGAUUUGCUCAUUACAGAGGCUUUAGGAGCAACUUGCUUUUUUGGAAUCGGACAUGUUUUAAAUGUUCCAGUGGUCUUGGUUUCAGCUUUAACAGAGCUUUUAAUGUUUGAUGAUAUACUUGGAAAUCCUAAGACUAGCGCUUAUACAGUUAGCUUUGAGACAAAGAAUUUUCGUAUAAUAACAUUUUGGGAUCGAGUGAAAAAUCACUUUUGGGCUCAAUAUGGUAAUUACAGAUUUUUUAAGUACACAGAAGAAAAUCAAACCAUGGCCAUGAGAAAAUAUUUAAGUCUGGAUGUACCAAAUAUCAGAGAAAUUGAAAAGAAGACAGCUCUACUUCUAGUUAAUGCCUAUCAGAGUUUCUUUGGUAUAAGACCUUUAAUUCCAGCUGUGGUUCAAAUUGCUGGCAUUCAAAUUGAACUCAGUGAAACAAAAAUGACAAAGGAGCUAAAAAUUUGGAUGGAUGAAAGUACUCACGGAGUAGUGUUUUUCACUCUAGGAUCUAUGGUUAUCAUCGAAGAUUUACCAAAAGAAAUUUUAUUAGGAAUGUAUGCGUCUUUUGCAAAAUUAGCGCCAAUUCGAGUUCUUAUGAAAAUUGUAAAUAAAGAAAAUCUUCCUCCAGGCUUGCCAAAAAAUGUUCUAAUAAUGUCCUGGAUUCCUCAGAUUCCAGUUUUACAACACAAAAAUACAAAAGUAUUUAUGACUCAUGGAGGAUUAAAUAGUGUUCAAGAAGGCCUUUAUUUUGCUGUGCCUAUGAUUGGUUUUCCAUUAUUUGGUGAUCAACCGCUAAACAUCCGGCUGCUUGCUGACAAAAAUGUCGCUUAUGAAAUGAAUUACAAAGAUAUUACCGAAAAAUCUUUGAAUAAUGCUCUACAUGCAGUUCUUUAUGAUCCCAAAUAUCGAGAAGCUACAAAACGUGAAUCUCAAUUAUUUCGAGAUCGACCUAUGAGUGCAACAGACACGGCAGUUUUUUGGAUUGAGUACGUUAUAAGAAAUGGCGCAAAUUCGUUACGAUCACCGGCAAUGGAUAUGCCUUGGUGGAAGGCAGAACUUGUUGAUGUUUACGUAUUUUUCUUUACUUCCAUUCUUUUAAUUAGUUACAGCGUUUAUUUUGUUUUGAGAAAAAUUUCUAGUCUGAUUUGCCGUAUUCUAAAUCCCAGUUUUAAAAACCACAAAAAAAAGGAUUAAAAUUGAUCUAUAUUGUUUGAAACAAUAGUUAGUUAAAUUAUUUUACAAAAAUUUAAUUUAAUGACAUUUGUUGGAUUAUUUUUAUAUUUAAACACUAAAAUAAAUAAAUUUAGUUGUAACCCAGAUAACAAACGUGUCUGGCACGUUACAGGCACAACGAGCGGCGGACCGUGUCCCUGCUGUAACGCACCUUUUGUUCCACCUACUUUAUGACAAGAACGACUGUGCCAGCAUCGUGCUCGCAAUAUUCCUGACAUAUUUUCCGGAUCUUUUGUCCAGGAUAUAUCUGCCAAUAGGCUUGUUUAAAUUUCUGUUUUUGAAUCUUCAUUAUAAAUAAAAAAAAGUAUUACUUUCACUAAUAAAAUUAAAUAAUUUACAAAUAAA